UCUUCCAGGAAGAAAUCUUUCUUGUAUUCAGCGCUAUACGCUGCAUUUAUAUUUGGUGGUCGGCAUAUGAUGAAACAACGAGAGAAGUUUGAACUGAGAAAACCCCUGGUGCUGUGGUCGCUGAGCCUUGCUGUAUUUAGUAUUAUUGGUGCUGUGCGUACUGGAGCAUACAUGGUAUAUAUCCUGACUACAAGAGGCCUGAAACAAUCGGUGUGCGACCAAAGUUUCUACAAUGGACCAAUCAGCAAAUUCUGGGCGUAUGCAUUUGUGUUAAGCAAAGCACCCGAGUUAGGAGACACAAUGUUCAUUAUACUGCGGAAGCAGAAGCUCAUCUUCCUGCACUGGUACCACCACAUCACGGUGCUGCUGUACUCCUGGUACUCCUACAAAGACAUGGUGGCCGGAGGAGGGUGGUUCAUGACGAUGAACUACGGCGUCCAUGCCGUCAUGUACUCCUAUUAUGCUUUGCGGGCGGCUGGCUUCAGAGUCUCGCGCAAGUUUGCCAUGCUCAUCACCAUGACCCAGAUCACACAGAUGCUGAUGGGCUGCGUUGUUAACUAUUUGGUGUACGAGUGGAUGCAGCUAGGCCAGUGUCCAUCCCACAUGCACAACAUCGUCUGGUCCUCCCUCAUGUACCUCAGCUACUUUGUGCUCUUCUGCCAGUUCUUUUACGAGGCCUAUUUGAGCAACAGCAGGAAAGCACUGAAGGUCGCCUAGAUCCGGCUGGUUGGAGGCCACUGCUCAGGGGCAUCAGUCAUAUGGCACAAUGACAUGUUUUGAGUGCUUCAAAAAAAAAAUGGCAGCCUGUAUCCAUUAGCUUGGUUUAAUCCAUUGAGCUCAUGAUGCCUCCGGGUGAGACCACCCUUGGCAGAUUCAAAUCCAGUUUAAAAAGUAAAGAAGACAUUCCUUGUAAAGGUGGUCAUAAGUGUGAGAUGACGUAUCUGGGCUAUGGUGUUGAGACGCAACAUAAGUAUUUUUUGAUCAAAGCAUUUAAAAAAAACUGGGUUAAGUGAGGUAUGCAAAAGAGCUUAAAGGGUUAAGCCAAUUAGUAUUAAAUCAGAAGGUCUUCUGAGGGGCAGCUAGAAGAACCAAAAGUUUUAAGGAAAAAAAGGAUUAAUGAUUUUAAGAAGUUAAAUUUUUUAAUGUUAAUCUGAGUCAGUUAGAAAGUGUUACGGUAAAAUUACAUCAACAAUAAAUGGAUCUGCAUUGAUGAAAUGGAUAGCAGUUUCCUGACCCAUGGUUUGUCCCCGAUCAUAAUUUGUGUAAUAACAGCCCAGCCUGCCUUUAGAGAGAUCCCACAACUGAUUUUUAUUUACUCUGUAUGUAAGUAAUGCAGGAGAACAUUUGCAUAUAUAACUUACGGUCUUGUGAGCAUCGCCGUUUGAAUUAAAGCUGCUUUGCCUGAUAAUGAUGGGGGAUUUAACCAAAGAAAAUUGCAUUUUAAAAUUGUCGAAAAGAAACAAAAUCCUCUGCCGUUUUGCAAUUCAUUUUUCACUUAAUUCACUCCUGUUCCUUACAGCACUGUGAUCCACAUGAGGAUUUGCUGUCAGUUUGGGCCAAAAUGUGCACUUCCACCUUUAUUGAUCACUGUGAUAAAUUUUAAGGCUUUUGCUGCCUCCCUUUUCCAGAGCUGUGGUCUCUCUGCAUUGACUUACUGUUCAUGGCCAUUCAAAUAAAACAGCUCAUAUAUCUUGAUUCUUCACCCAAGAAUGUGCAUCCCCUCAUUCUAUUGUUUCCUUGCUUGCAAGGAUAUAUUUGCCACGGUUUCUGAAACACUUCUUUUAAAUGUUUCGCUAGAUUUUCUCUUAUCUGUCUUAACAUUCCUAAAAUGAAAGUUGUGGGCUAACUUCCAGUACUGUAACAACCAGCAGCUGCUUUACAUAGUUGAAAAGAAAGAUUUUUAACACAAUUAAUAAUGGGAUGAGCAUAUGUGCAGGGAACAGGACUGCGCUUCCACCAAAUUCUUUAUAUAAAACAAGCUGCGGGAUUCUUUUACAAAUAUUUUUACUUAUAUUUUUUGAUAUUGUGAUCUUAUUGAUAAAUGAUUCAGUGUAAAUAAAUUUGGGGGCAAAGCAGCUUUAAGAUUGAUUUUUAUUUCAACCUUAACACUUUUAACCACAUUCAAAUUGAGAAGGCAACUUUGCAGCUUAAGCCAAUUCAGCUUGUAUCGUGACAGCAUUUCAGGUGAGAACACUUGGAUUUAACCCACCUCAGUCUUUAGGAAUUCGAAGGAGGCUGUUUAAGCAAAGAGCCAAAGUAAUACAACCUGCUGAGUGGAGAGCACAAAUUAUUCAGCGUUUCAUGAAUCUGUAAUGGUGUAAGCGUGUUUAAGCACAGAACAUCCUGUGCAGUAGAACUGUUUUCUAUAAAUGACAGUAUGUGUUAUUCUCAACUCCUUGAUGCUGUAACACAUAAUAAAUACUUUAAAAAAUAUAUCACACCUGCUUCUCACAGCUUUUGCUUGUUUUAUCUUGCCUAAUGAUUAUAGAUUCAUGCAGAGUUACUGGAAAUAAUUUGUGGUCUUUGUAUUACUCCGGUUUACAGCUUCUUUGAGAGAUUUUACAUUUUUAAAAAUUUUUGCCAAAAUCCAACCCUAGAAAUUGCCUCGACAUUUUGGGCCUAAUGAUACAGUUAAGAAAUCAUUUAUAUAUGUACAAAAGAACAGAGACACCUCCCUUCUUACAAUGGCAUCUGAGACAAAUAAGAAUACAGAUGGUUUAUAUAGUUUUUGGUGAGAUGCAGAUAUUUAUCCAGAGCCAGAAGGUGGCACAUUGGUGGAAACAAAAGUAACUUCUUAAUAGCAGGCAAAUUGAAGUUGAGAAACCAUAGUGCAAUGCCUUUCCUCACUUCCCGUGUUCAGUUCCAGUCAAUCAAGCUUGUAUAAUAAUCCUGAAUAAUAAAUUCAGUCCCUCAAAAUUUUGUUUGGAAAUGAACUGAAAGAUGUUACAUGAUGAAAAACUUCUUUGAUAUGUACUAUAUUAAAUCCACAUUACAUGGCCUGAAAUUCCACGUAGUUUAAUCUGUAAAACCAAUUUUGUCUUAAAAAUGUAACAUACAGCAGAAUUGGGGAAAAUUCUCAAAUACAAUCUUAAUUUGGAAACUGAUUUGCUGCAAUUCUUACAAAGAGACGAUUACAAAAUUAAGAGUGAAUUUGAGAAUAUUCCAUAAUUUUGAAACAAUCUGGUCUUACGCACUAAAACUUGGUAAAAUUUCAACCUACAGUAUGCACAUUGAAAAGCAGCGCAUGUACACACACAUACAUAUUAUGGGAUGUACACUGCCUGAGGCACAAGACAAAUGCGGGCUUUGCUAAUACACUAGUUGCACAUCUUGUCUUCAGACUCACUCCAGUUCAUACACCUCUGCCCAUUUUGCAGCUCCCAUGUGAUCUACAUACAGGAGUUUACAAUGUGAUUCUUGUCUUAUGAUCUCGCAGCACCUGGUGACCCUGAAUUCUUACCAGAUACCUUGUAUGUCUAUAUGUUUGUGUAUUCGGUACUGUGUCUUAAGAGUUCAGAGUGCUCGUCAGUCUACAAGUUGAGGACCAAAGAAAGGAAUAAAGACACUAGUAUUGUUGAUUGAACUUCAUUGUAACUAUGGGGCUAUUAAAGUUAGUGUCACAUAUAAUUACGUCCUAUAAUUGUGUUUUAACCAUUUCUAGGUUUUCCUCCAGCCUUAUGAUUUACUGUUUUUUUAAAAAAUUAGGCGACACAACAGUUUGAGAAAAUUUUUUAAAAAAUGAACAAAUGAGCACCGACCUGACAAAAUCUCUUGGUUGUACAUCCUAGGAAAAACUAUUGUACAUGUCCUAAAACUACACGUGCAGAAAGAGAUGUUGAGACCUUAUGUCAGAUCAAUAAAAAUCCAUGAGAAUAACUUCUGACCAGAGUGAGAUUUGAAAAUAUACAGUAGCCAAUGCAAUGUUUUGCCAACAUCACUUUUUAAAGCUUUCACUAAAUAAUCUAAAAAGUCAAUGCCAGCCAAGUUCUAAUAAUACUUCCAUCUGAUGCAAGGAUUAUUCACAGUAAAACAACAACAACAAAAUUGCAUUUAUAGAGCGCCUUUCACAUUGGGAAGAUGUAACAUAAAAGGAUGGUUAAAAAAUUAUUUUGUUGAACAGUAAUGAAAAAGUGAAUUCCUUCUAUGGUAUUACCUCCUUUAAAAGAAUGUGACCUGGAAUAUUCCUUUUAAAAUCAGAUAAGAUGUUUGUUGUUAUACUGGAUUUAAUAUUAUCCUGUGAAACAAAUUGAUCUUAGUUUAAUAAUAAUAAUAAUCCUUGCAUUUGAUAUAGCGCUUUUCACGUCGGGAAAUCACGUGGGGCAUCACCUGUACUCCUUAACAAAUGAUAGGAGUUGUAAGAGUCUAUUUAUUUAACUGUUAUAAAUUGAAACAUUUUGAGCUCAUGUCUUUUGUCAAUAGACUUCCUGCUCUGUUUUUUGUUUUUUUUACAUGUGCUUCUAGUAACAGAAAGUAAGCUGAUAAAAAAAGCAGGACAGAAGAAUGCAUUGUUAUUCAGCAAACACAAUGAAUGCUGUUUUCAUUUUUACAUCAGUACAAGAGUUGCUUUCUUCCCUAUUCUCUCCCAUUUUCUUUUCCAAAUUUUUUACCAGACUUAAACAGAUCCAUUUCAACCAAGAAAGAAGGGAGAGGCCAGAUUUGAUUUGACUCAUGAAUUUCAGUAUCUGCUUUUCUUUGAUUUAGGAAGGGAACUCCAACCCACAGAAUUCACAACUUAUAGGUAUGACUACAAUACGAUUAGAAAUCUUCACUGAAACCAUGACGGCUCAAAUACCUGGCAUUACAUUUAAGAGUUACAGGUUCAUUCAUUUGUAAUCCAAGAUGUAUUCUUAUAACUGUGCCAAAGUCCCUGCUCCAUGUAUUAUAAUUCAGACAGGCAAGUCUGGUGUUCAGGGUCACUAUCUAAUAUACGUAAUCUGUUUCUAAUUGUCAUGUACGUGUUGUUUCCAUAACCAGUUGUGUGUAGGGCGUAAAUAUUACCAACAUAUGGUAAUAGUACUUUCACAAAACACAAAACUGCUAAUUUAAUAUGAUGUUUGUACUGUUAACAUUCAAUUGUUGUGCUUUAACUGUGUUUAAGGCGUAUACUCAAAGGCUGCCGGGGGCAAUGGAAAUCUACAGAGAAAGGGUUAUUUUAAUCAGCAGAACAAAUUUAAAAAGAAUCUCUAAAUCUGCAUCAUCGAUUCAAAAUAACCACUAAACUAAUAUUUGAGCAUUCAUAACUUCCAAUAAUUGAUUGACGAAA